GACGACUCCAAAAUGAGAGAAAGCCUGCUCCAAAAAGAGUUUGAAGAGCAAAAGGAAAGACUUGAGGAAAAUGAAAAACAGGAAAACCCAGAUCUGAAAGAAAUUUUCGCCAUUCGAGAGAAAUACCUCCCUCUUACCUCCCUUCUUAAAAAUAAAACCGGCUUUCAAGAGUUAGAAAAUUAUCCCCAAGAAAUCCGAUAUUAUUUAGCCUGUCCCGAAGAAAAGAAAAAAAAAUUACAAGCCGAAAGGGACAAAAUUGAAAGAAAAAUAGAUAGUGUGAGCGGCAAAAAAUUAGUCCAAAAAUUACGGAGAAAAAAUGAUUUAGAAACCCGAAUUAAAGA